UGGAGAGAAAAACUCUACCGCAUAACUUUUCACGGAAGAGCUCAAGCGUCGUCGCGGAAUGGAAAGACGAUCAAUGCGAACUUUGAAGAACGUCUUCCUUAUCAUUAUUUUACUUGUAAUAUUGGAUUUUCGAAGCAGUCUAUGAGGGGAAAGGAAAAUUGUGCAGCCUCGUCCUGUACGGCGUCGUGUUUUAGAAGGACGGGGUGUUGAAUUGACGCCUAACGAAGUGGACAAAAGAGACGGGAAGCGGCCGUCUACUUUGCGGCGUCCCUUUCCGUUUUGUCCCACAACUUCAUCUAUUUGCAAAUUUUUCCCUUAUUCUCGUCAUUCUAACACUUUUACACAUUCACAAACUCGUUGUCUAUUUCUCUUUUCUUGCCUUUUCGCUCCGGCAUUCAUUAACAGGUCUAGUACUUGUCUAUAGACGCCCUCGGCGGCGUCUAUAAGCGUCUACUUUUCUUCAUCUUUCGCGUAAUACCGGAUAGGAUGUGAUUGAUGGCCGAUGGACGUUUUUAUCCCUCACAGCCGCCGCUAAUCCCAACGCAAAGCGUCUCUACAAGUCUCUGUUCAAGUUGAGUGGAUAUAACAAAUUAAUCCGACCAGUUUUGAACAACAGCGAUAAAUUAACUGUGAAAUUAGGCUUACGCCUCUCUCAGCUUAUCGAUAUUGACGAGAAGAAUCAAAUCAUGACUACGAACGUCUGGUUAACUCAGGAAUGGUACGAUCAUAAACUGCAAUGGAAGCCGGAAGCUUACGGUGGCGUUGAUAGAUUAUACGUCCCUUCAGAUGAAAUCUGGCUGCCUGACAUUGUUCUUUAUAAUAAUGCCGAUGGCAAUUAUGAGGUGACUUUAAUGACCAAAGCAACUUUAUUUGCAAAUGGUACUGUUCAUUGGGAACCGCCUGCCAUUUAUAAAUCGUCAUGCCCUAUUAACGUCGAGUUUUUUCCAUUUGAUGAGCAACUGUGCACCUUAAAAUUUGGUAGUUGGACAUACGACGGUUUGCAAGUUGAUUUAGAUCACUUAUCCGUACCGGAACCAGUCGAAAGGAUCGAAGAAGGAAUUGAUUUGCAGGAUUUUUAUAGGUCAGUCGAAUGGGAUAUUCUUACUGUACCAGCAAAGAAAAAUGAGAAAAAGUAUCCAUGCUGUGCUGAAAUAUAUCCGGAUAUAACUUUUAACAUAACCAUAAGGAGGAAGACGCUCUUUCACACAGUCAAUCUAAUCAUCCCCUGCGUGGCCAUUAGUUUUUUGACGGUACUCGUUUUUUACUUACCGUCAGAUAGUGGGGAAAAAAUAGCUUUGUGUAUCUCUAUCCUUCUCUCGUUAACCGUCUUUUUCCUCCUAUUGGCCGAAAUCAUACCUCCAACAUCUCUUGUGGUACCACUUAUAGGGAAAUAUCUCCUAUUUACAAUGAUUCUCGUCACGCUAUCGAUUAUAGUAACAGUAAUCGUGCUCAACGUUCACUUCCGGUCGCCUUCCACGCACACGAUGAGCCCUUGGGUGCGUAAGGUCUUUCUCAACAUCUUACCGCGCCUCUUGAUGAUGGAAAGACCAAAUAUGGAAAGAGAUAGACUCAGAGCUGCAGUUUACAGGACCUGCAACGGUUUCGAGACAAUCGACUUUAGUCAGGAGAUAGGAGGAGAAUUUACUCCAGAAGUACGACAAGCCAUAGAUGGAGUGAGAUAUAUUGCCGAACAUUUACAACGAGAAGACGAAGCGUCAAACAUAAAAGAGGAUUGGAAAUACGUCGCUCUCGUGCUCGACCGCCUUUUCUUAUGGAUUUUUACAACCGCCUGCGUAGUUGGAACGUUUGGUAUCAUAUUGCAAGCCCCGGCGCUGUACGACCGUAGUAGACCCCUAAAAGCAGCUGGUAUCGAGGGAAAAUCAACUGAAUUCGAUGAGAUAAUCAAGUCGACCGGUUAAGGACGGAGAUUGACAUGAAACUUAAGUGCGUAAAGAAAACGAGUGGGAAAAAAAGGGGGAAGAGAGAGGGGAAAAAAAUAGAGAUAGCGCUUUAAACUUGCGUUUGUGCCGCCAUCUCUAGCAGAACAUAUAUAUUUAUAUAUAUAUAUA